AACAGUUAUCCUAACCCUAAAACUAAAUAAGAACUAAAUGUGAAUUUCUUUCAAAUCUUUAUUUGGUAUAUGUGCAACUUUUUUUAUUAUUUCAGCAUAAAUGAUGUUUUAUAUGCAUUAAAUUAAAAGAAAUUAACAUAUUUUCUCUUCUCUUCCUUUUCCACAUAAACGAAGUAGUGUAAUGGUGUAUUAGUUUACUCUGAUAUUAAAAACAAUAAAUAGUAAAUUCAAAAUUGAUGAUUUUGAUAAAAAAUGGAAAACGAAUUUGGUGUGGAGUCAAUCAAACAAUUUCAUCAGUUAGAAAUCAAUAAAAAUAACCAUGUCGACAGUGAUCAUGGAGAUGAGGACUCCGAUACAGGUAUCAUCAAAAUAGUGAGGAAACGUUUACAACAAUUUUCUGAUAGUGAAAGUGAUAGGGACAAGAACAAUAAAGGUAAUAUUAGUAUUGAUAGUGAAGAUGAAUUACAGAGUUUAAGAAUACUGAAUCAAAAAGCAAAUACUACAAAGGUUAAUCAGAAUAGCAAUAGUGAAUCAGAUACAAGAGUGCACAAAAGUGAUCAUGAUGAUGUUAAUGGAGAUUUCAAUGAAAGUGGGAAGAAAAAAUUGCAACAAUUUUCUGAUAGUGAGAGUGAGGACAAAGAGAAUAAAGAAAGUGAUUCUUUAUCCUAUAAAAAAUAUUUGACAACUAAGAAAAGGGAGAAGUGCAGAAUAAUGAUAAAAAAUAGUGAUAGUAGUAAUUCUAGUGCAGAUGAAGCUAUGAAAAAUGAACAACAGCAGUUACGUAUGAAAAAUAAAAAGAAUAAGUUAAAAGAAAAAUUUAAAGGUUUGGUCACAUCAAGAUUAAGUGAUUCACAAAAAGAAAAGAUAGUCAAUUCUUAUAGUGAGAGUGAGUCUGAAAAGGAAAUUGAUAAAAAUGCUAAUAGUUCGGAGCAGUCAGACCAUGAAACAUCUAUUGAAAGAAUUAAACAGAUUAUCAAAGAUAAAUCAUCAACAUACAAGACUACAAUCUGUGAUCCUGACACUUCAGAUGAAGAAAACCACCCUAGAGCAAAAUCUAUGCCUCAUAAGAAGAAGGAGAGAAAAACUGCAAAGCUUACUUCACCAAAACCAGUUCGGAUGACUGCAAAGCAAGCUAUGGAAAACAUGAAAAAAAUUAAAAGUGAGUCCAACAGAAUGCUAAGAGAAAAAGAAGUUACUCUGCCAUAUCACAGGCCAAAAGCACUGUCUCUCAAAGACAUUAUGAGCAGAAGGAAGCCUGCUAUUGCAUCUGAUGGCAAAUCUUUACCAAUAAAAAUGAAUGAGGCACAGUUGAAACAAUAUGCAAAAUUGUUAGAGGAUAGACAAAAAGAAAUGAUGGAACUUUGUAAGAGUGACACAGAUGGUGACCCUGAGGAAAGUGAAGGUCAACCUGAAAAAUAUAUGGAAUCCAAUAACAGUCAAAUUGACACUCCAAAACCAUCUGAAAAUAAUGAUGAAUUGAAACAAACUCAGGAUACAGAAUUCGAGGAUGGUCAAAUAUUAUCAAAUGAUAAUGAAAAUGAUUUCAUUGAAACUAGUGCCAAUAUGGGGGCUAAUAUUCAAAUUCAAAAGAUGAUUAAUUCACCUCAAGAUGACAUUGAUAAAUCACAUGCUAAUGUUGAAUAUCAUAAAAAUAAAAGUUUGGUUAAUGAUACAAUUACUUCCAAAUCAGAAAAAAAUAAUGAUGUUGAAAACGAAGCUGAUAUUAAAUCGGAAGACUUAAUUAAAGUUGUCUCCAAAACAGCUGAUGAUAGUAUUAAUAGCAAUGCUUCUAAUGCAGAAAUGUCCUUAGUGUAUAAUGAUUCCAUUGAAGAACCUGAAACCUCAAAUGUAAAUUCUACAAGUGUUUCUAAUACAGGAGCAAAUAUAUCUUCUGAGAAAACUGGAAAGGAUGAUAACAAAGACUCAGAAAAGGAUAGUCAAUUAGUAUCUCUACAUUAUGACACAGAAAAUACUGAAGUUAACACUGAGAAUAUGGAAGUACAUGAAAAUGAAUCAAAACCAACCACCACCAAAGAUAUUAAUGACAUGGCAUUUGAUGAAGUUUCUGGAGAAUUUGAUUUCUCAGAUGAUGAAGUUAAUAUGGAUGAGAUAGAUAAAAUCAUAGAAAAUGCAGAGAUUCUUAAAGAUAAUAAUGUUACAGAUUAUGCAAAUUCGCCCAUGCUGGUUCAUGACCCCUAUGACUGCAAUGUCAAACCUAAACUUACUGGAGCUCCAGGAAUGGUUAUAGACUUAGAUGGUACAGAUGCCGUGGCUCGAAAGAAACUCACUGGUUUAGAACUUUUGAAAGAGCGAUUUUCAUACUUUGCUAAACUCAAGACUCCAGAAGAGCGUGAAAGAGAAAAUGAAAAAAGGUUGAAACCGGGCGCACAGCAUUUAAAAUUAAAACAUGAAUUAGAAGAAAAACUUGCGGAGCAGCGUUCUCUAGAAUGGGCAAAACGCUUAGAAGAGGAAAAACAACAGCAAAUGGAAAUGGACGUUAUAAGAGGUGAUGAAUCAGAAGAUGAAAUCGAAAAAAUUGAAGCUAAUUUGGAUGAAAAAGAUGAAACAUUGAAUGAAGAAUCAUCAGAGAGCGAAGAAAGUGAGGAAGAAAUUCAAGAAAUAAAAGAAAGACCUAGAAAACGUAAUCCUAUGAUAGACGAUGAAGCUGAGGUAUCAGAUGUUGAAGAAGAUGUUCAAAAUGAAGAAGAAGAGCAGGAAAAACAGGAUGGUGAAGCAGAAGAAAAUAAUGAUGAUGUCAAUGACGAUACAAGUGAGGAAUCAUCUGAAUCCGAAGACGAGAGUGAAGUGACAACUAAAAAAGGGAGGAUUUUAAAAGCAUUUGAAGAUUCAGAUGAGGAAGAUGAAGUACCCAAAAUUGAUAAUAAGACGGCGGAAGAGACAAUAUCUGAUGAAAAUGAUGUUGACAAAAUUGCCAUAGAAUCAAAUGAAAAUAUAAUUAAUAUAGAAAGUCAAGCUAUUUUAGAUUCCCAAGAUGAAGACCUGCAGUUAGCGCAAAGACACAAAUCGUUUUCUGGCAAUUUGUUUACAAGCCAAGAAAGUGCUGUUCAAACUCAGAAUAAUGUUGACAAUUCUAAUGAAGAGACUGAUAUUGGAACUCAAACAUUUUCGAUUUUAAAUAGCACAACCGCCAGUAUGGCUAUGGAUUUGGAUGCCCACGAAGACAAGACUGUUGUUUCUGAAACAUUGCCUAAUGACGACCCAAGUCUGGAUGCAGUAGUAGGCAUGUGUUCCGGAAGUUUCACACAAAACGCGCUCGACUCACAAUUCCCAACUACUGGUUUACCUGUUGGGGAUAAAUUAAGUGUGAUUUCGGAGACGCAACAAAAUGAUGAGCCUAAUUUGGAUGCGGUAUUAAACAUGUGUUCUGGAAGUUUCUCUCAAAAUUUAGUGCCAUCAGAAUUACCGUCAGAAUCACAGCCAAUUGGCGAGGAAAUAUUAAAUUUAUGCACUGGAAAAUUCUAUGACAAUCAAUUUGUAUCCCAAACUAAUGAUAAUAAUACUGAUAACACCUCUCAAAUAUUACCUACAAUACGAAAAAAUGAUAAACCUGUAGAGAAAAAGAUAGAAGAUAACAAUUUGAAAUCAAUACUUGAUGAAUUAAAUGAUCCAGAAUUUGAAGAGCCAAGACCUAAGAAAUAUUUUGUGGAUUCAAAUAAAGAGGCACCUAUCGCUCAAUUUAAGAAAAAGUUUAUUAUAGAUUCGGACGAUGAAACAAAAAAUGAUAUGCCUGAUAUCAAACAGAAGAAGAAAAUUAAAAAGAAAAAGCUUGAGCAGAGGGCAUUACAAAUAUCUGAUGAUGAAGACGAUGAAUCUAACGGAGAGUAUGAAAAUGUUGAAGAAAAAGAAGAAGAUUAUUUGUCUGACGUAGGGGAAGAUCCUGAAAGGCUGGUAGAAUAUGAUUCUGAAGAAAACGAGGUCGAAGUGAAGCCCCAAAAGGAGAGAAAGAUGCGUAAAAUUGGCGAAUUCUUCGAACAAGAAGCCGAGUUGACAUCGGAGGACGAGUGGGCGGGGUCGGGCGACGAGGACGAGGCCGGCCUCGACCGCAUGGAGCGGGAGGAGGGCGACAGCGACACCUUCAGCCAGAGGAAGCUGCAGCGGGAACUCGGACAGAUACACAUGCGAGAUAUGCUUGACCAAGACAAAAGAGAGGUGAGACUGAUUCAAGAGCUCUUGUUUGAGGACGGAGACCUCGGCGAUGGGCAUCGUCAACGCAAAUUCAGAUGGCGAAACGCAGACGGCGAGGAAGAAGAAGGCACGGUCCCCGGCGAGUUAGCCGACACACAAGAGGAGGAGUUGGAGUCUGAAGAGCAGUGGAGGAAGCAAAGGCACGAGAGAGAAGUUUUCUUGCGCCAAAUGCAAAAACAAGACGAAGAGGAACUGAAUAUCAGCAUAAACAGAACAACUAUAAUUAAAGCUAAUCUAUGCUCUAGAACAAUGUCAAGUCUCCUCUCUGAAGCCAAAAAAUCGACCAAUGAAGACAGCAGUGCAAAGACGGAUAGCCCCGUGGCCCUUGAAAAGAAGUCUUCUAAAGAUAUACCUAGCCCAAAGAAAGCUUUUACUGUUUUCCAGCAAAGCUACCACGGCUCCCUGCUAACGCGUAGUGGCGGCGCGCUGGCCCGCCUGGCCGCGCUCGCCGCGCCUCUAGCGACGAGUGACGACAACGCGCCCACACUAGCGCCCUCUAGCAAAAGAAACUUCGUCUUCGCGACCCUUAGUCCUGCUGAUCCGGAGCCUAAGGUGUCAAAAAGAAAAGCUGAAACAAACACCGGUACUCCAAGAUUAGUGAAGAAGAUGAAGACUGAAGAAAAGAAAAAGCCGCCUAGAAGUAGCUUACUUGAUCACCUUAAAGUGUAGAUAAGAGUAAUUUAAAACAUUUGUAUUUCAGCUAUUAAUCUUGACUAUAGGUAUAUUUCGUAUCAUUCUCUUUAGCCAAUCCCAUAUAGGUAUAUAUGUAUAAUUAUAUCCCUUUAUGUUAGUGACUGAAAAGAAAGAUAACAUAUUAUUUUAUUAUUGUUAAUAUGAAACUUAAAUAUUGAAAUAAAGUAUUUUACACUUA